AUGGAUAAAGAUAAUAGCGUCGUGAUAAUUGCAGUUAUGGGCGCAACGGGUUCAGGAAAAAGUACAUUUAUUCAGCUCGUCACUGGAAGUAAAGAUGUAGGGGUUGGAGAUACUCUCUUGUCCGAGACCAAGGAGGUCUGCGAAUACCACUUCUCUCAUAAAGGAAUCAAUUACAUCUUGAUUGACACUCCCGGGUUUGAUGGCUCCUACCGAUCGGACAUAGAGGUGACGGAGCUGAUUUUGAUAUGGUUGGAAAAGUCAAUGGUUUCGGGUCGGCGACUUAACGGAAUCAUCUACCUCUAUCGAAUCUCCGAUAUAAGAAUGGGAGGAAGUGCUCUCAGAAACACACAGAUGUUUCGCAAGUUGGUCGGUAAAGAUGCCCUCCAGAAUGUGAAACUCGCAACCGUAUUUUGGGAACAAGUCCCUGAUAAAGACGUCGCUCUCGCAUUCCGACGAGAGAAAGAGUUACGAGAUUUGUGGGGUUCUAUGCUCGAGCAUGGAGCUCAGAUUGUUCGGCUGCAAAACAAUAGAAAGUCUGGGUUGCGCUUUCUUGAAAAGUUCUCGGAAAAGGCGAAGGUUGUUCUUGAAGAUCAAAAUGAGAUUGUGAAUCUAGGGAAGCUUACCGAGGACACAGCUGCUUUGAGAGAGCUAGUGAAAGAGGUAGAUGACCUCGAGCGGGAACUAAAGGAGAACCUCCGGCUAGAGAAAAAGCGAUUGGAGAAAGAUAUAGAAAGACAAAAAAGUCGACAACAGCAUGAAGUGAGAAAGCUGCAGGCGGAGAUGGAACGGAACCUGGAGGCACAAAGGCAGAUAGAGCGUCACCGGCUCACCCAGGAAGAGGAAGACGCCCAAGGCGAUUACGAACGCAAAAGAAUGAAAUUGGAGGCGGACAAGGAGAGGCAAGAAAGACAACGUAGGCGUGAGAUUAAAGAGCUAGAGAAGCGGGAAAGGGGAGAAUUGAAGAGGAGAAAACGUCGGGCGAAAAGACUGAACCGAUACUACCAGCGCCAAUACGUCUGCAUCGGGUAUACACCAAAAAGGACAUGUGUGAAAUGUCGUGGCAAGCUGACUCGCCGAAAGUAUUACUAUCGUGAGUAA